AGUAGCGUUUUUUUUUUUUUAAAUAUCUUUUUCCGAACGUUUACCCUAUUCAUCCGGACAAAGGGUUCGCGACACCACACUAUUUUCCUUUUUUUCUACUCAAUUCUUUCUUUUUUUCUUUUUUUUCCUUUUGUUUAUUUCAUUUUAUACAAUUACAGUCAAAUCAUGGUCUCAUCCAAGGUUUUCCCUACAGAAGAAGCAAGAGAAGCGGCUAUUGUCGAUUUGGAAAAAAAGUUUGACUUGACAACCGAACAACUCAAGACCAUCUCUCAACUCUUACAAGAAGAGAUGAAGGUGGGUUUGAGCAAGUAUGAUAUUAGCUGUAACGUGCCUAUGCUUGCUUCUUGGAUCACACGUCAUCCUACCGGUCAAGAGAAAGGCGAAUACUUGGGUUUGGAUUUAAGUGGCUCUUACAUCCGUGUCUACCUUGUCACACUUCAUGGUCAAGGUCGUAUCACCACCCGCCAACAAAAAUAUCUCUUAAGAGACAACUUGAAAGUCGGUCCUGUCAGCAAUCUUGUCAACUUUAUGGCUGAAUGCGUAGACUCCUUCUUGAACUUUGUCAAUAAAGUCGAUAAUACACCUUUGAACCUUGGUUUGUGUAUCUCUUUCCCUCUCCACCAAACCGCCAUGAGCAAUGCCUACAUCUUGCAGUGGACCAAGGACUUUGAAAUCACAGGUGCUGAUAAGAAGAACAUUGUUGAACUUUUGCAAACUGCUUUACGUAAACGUGAAGUGCCCGUCAUUGUCAAGGCAGCUGUCAAUGGUGCAACCGGCUGUCUUUUGGCUCAUAGUUACCGUAGUUUGGAUACAUUGAUUGCUUGUACCGUGAGUACGGGUACCAAUGCUGCUUAUUGGGAAAAGACUUCGGAUAUCGUCAAGCUUCCUCCCAAGCCGUCUGCCAACCCGGAUGAAGAAAUGAUCAUCAACACCGAAUGGGGAAGUUUUGGUGACACCAAAUCCGAGACCCUCCCUCACACCUUCUACGAUAUCCGUGUCAACCGUCAAUCCGUCAACCCUGGUAUUCACGUAUUUGAAAAGAUGUGUUCCGGUCUCUACUUGGGUGAAAUCGUCCGUUUGAUCCUCGUCGACUUUACUGACCGUCGUUUGCUCUUUGACGCCAACUACUCUACAGAGCUCAACACUGCUUACAAUUUCGAAUCCGCUUACAUGAGUGCCAUCGAACGUGAUGAAACUCCCGACUUGACCGAUACCAAGCAUUUGCUGGAAAAUGUCAUGGGCUUGCCCAAGACGACCUUGUCCGAUCGUCACAUGGUCAAGCGUAUCUGUGAAUUGGUCGGUCGUCGCGCCGCUCGUUUGAUUGCCGCCGGUAUCAACGCUAUUAUCAGCAAGCGCAAUGCCUUGGAAGCUGGUUUGAGUAUCAGUAUGGAAGGCACCGUCUAUGAACAUUAUGCCAAUUUCCCUGAUCGCGUGAAUUCCGCUUUGAGAGAAUUGUAUGACGAUGGCUUUGAAAGAAUUAACAUUGGUAUUACUCGUGAUGGUAACGGUGUUGGUGCUGCUUUGGCUGCUAUGAUCGCCAGUACCCCUCAAUAAUCCGUACGCAUUCAAUAACUACACUUCUUUUUCCCCUCCAUUUAGAUAUUUUUCCUUUUCUACAUUAUCAUCAUUUGUUUAUUCUAUCUAAUGUAAAUAUAAUGCCUAUCAUUCAUUAAGAAAAACCUAAUCACUAAAUCCUUAUAUACAUCGAAAGUUGAAACUCCUAUAUAUGUUAAAAAGUGUGUGUGUGUGUCUUUGUACUGACUCUUCUCCUAUUCAUCGCCCUAUUGUACAU